AUGGAGAUCGGCAAUAAGAGGAGAGAUUCUGAAGAUGGGCAGAAGCAAGAGGUAGUGAAGAGGGUAAAGUCUCAAGAACCAAACUAUGCCUAUUUGGAGACGGUGAUAAGAGAGAAGUUGGAUUUCGAUUCAGAAAAGAUUUGUUGUGUUACACUGUCUUCACUAAAUGUGUACUGUUGUCUGGUUUGUGGGCAUUACUAUCAGGGAAGACAUGAAAAGAGUCCCGCUUUCAUCCAUUCCAUUAACGAAAACCAUCAUGUCUUCUUGAAUUUAACGAAUUUAAAAUUUUACAUCUUACCGCAAAAUAUUCAAAUUUUACACGAAGAUAAGGUUCAAUUGUUAAAUGGCAUCAAGUAUGCACUCUAUCCAACUUAUAGUGUCAAGGAUUUACAAAGUUUCCCCAAACAAUGUUUCGAUUUAAGCAAUCGCGUAUACCUGAAUGGGUUCAUAGGGUUCACUAAUACAACGACAUACGAUUAUGCGCAUAGUGCAUUACUUUUAAUAUCACACAUGAAACCCUUACGUGAUUAUUUUCUUUUGAACAAUUUUGAUAAUCAAGGCGAGUUCAUCAAAAGGCUAUCUAUAUGUAUCAAAAAAAUCUGGUCGCCAAAAUUAUUCAAACAUUAUUUAUCAGUUGAUGACUUCGUCACCUAUUUAAAGGUCAAAGAAGGAUUGAAUCUGCGUCUUGUAGAUCCACGGGUUUUCCUCCUAUGGUUAUUCAAUAGAAUAUGUUCAUCUUCCAAACAGUUGAAAUCAAUUUCAAACAAGUCUUGUAAAGGAAAAGUGAAAAUUGUGGAAAUCGGAAAAGAUCCUAAAGGCGAUGGACCUGCUACGACCAAAAUCAACGUAAAACCCUUUUGGGUUUUGACCUUGACCUUACCAGAAUUUUCGCCCUUUAAGGAUGGCAACACGGUGGAUAAUCUUCCACAAAUAAACAUCUCCCAACUAUUGAGUAAAUUCAGCGAUAUCAGAGACCCUUCCGCUCAUAGCAUUUUCAAACUAACGCAUUUACCUCAAUUUUUGAUAUUUCAUUUCAAUAGGUUCGACCAUAGUAGUGAACAUCCUGUCAAGAGUAGGAACCAAACGAUAGUAGAAUUUUCCGGUGAACUUAAAGUUUUAUAUGCCAACUAUCGUUUAAAGGCAAACGUGAUCCAUACGGUUAUUAAGCUGCCAUCUACAGACGGGAACACAUCUGAUGGCGAUGAAAGAAGUCAUUGGGUUACUCAACUUUAUGAUGGCAAAAACGACAAAUGGAUUGAAAUAGAUGGUAUAAAUACAACAGAAAGGGAAGCUGAACUACUGUUUCUAGGCGAAACGUUUGUACAAGUAUGGGAAAAGCAGGAACCGUGA